AUUAGGCCGGUUUCCUGCUUGCACCUUGCACCUGCAUGAUUGCGCCGUACUGAGGCGAAGUGUGCUGAAAAAUCAAAUACUAUAAGUUUGUUUGUACUUUUUACCCAGAGCGAUCUUACUUACACCUUUUAUCCACAAGACAAACUUCCAAGUUACUCCCAAUAAUCUCAAAUCACUUUCAUCGCUUCCAGAGUCUUCCAUUCACCGGAACAAUAAUGGCUUUCUUAGAAUUUUUCAACAUCCUGCUAUUCCUUGGUUUAUUUUAUGCAAUUUUUUGUCUAAUUGUCGGUUUAUACAACGUCACAUUUCAUCCUCUCGCUAAAACCCCUGGACCUCGAUUACGUGGUACCUUUUACUUUCCAACUUACUGGGGCAAACUCUUUAAAAAAUGCGAUAAACUUGCUAACCAAACUGGAUUCACAGAGAUUUGGACAGGUGACGGGGUGGCAAACCCAAAGAAGCUUCAUGAUCUUUACGGAAAUACUGUUCGAAUAUCUCCCGCAACAGUAUCCUUCAACAAUUCUGAAGCAUGGCAAGAAAUCUACGGCCAGCAUCAUGGAAAGAAACCUAUCCCAAAAGAUAAAGAUGUGUAUUUCUCUGGAAAUGACGGAGUCGCAGACAUCAUCUCAUCCAACGACGUAGAACACGCUCGAAUCAGACGAGCACUAAGCCACGCCUUCUCAGAAGCUUCUCUUCGCGAGCAAGAGCCUCUAAUGAACGUAUACUUUGACCUCCUCACCCAGAAACUCUACGAGCAAAUCGACAGUCCCUCAAAUGACAAAGUGAACAUUGUCCGAUUCUUCAACUUCACCACAUUCGAUUUGAUCGGCGAUCUAUGCUUCGCCGAAUCUUUCGAUGCUCUCCGCACCCAGGAAUACAAUUCUUGGAUUGCCAACAUCUUCAAGGGUCUCAAGUUCGCACGUCUAUUCCGCGUCAUGCGUGCCUACCCGCUGCUUGGAAUACCCAUUUUGGCUAUGUUGGCGCUGUUUUCUGCACUGCAGAAGGCGAGACACAGACACAUACAAUACACGCAAGAUAAGACUGCUCGUCGUCUAGAUACCGUUACUGAUAGAAGUGAUUUCAUGAGUUAUAUUCUUCGUCAUAACGAUGAGAAAGGGAUGACGAGAGCGUCGGACAAGCUUGGUGUCGUACAACCGUUUUCCGUGGGACCCAGGAAUUACUUAGGAUAG